ACGGGCGUUGAGCUGUCGGGCUAGAGCGUCGCCGAGUCGGAGCCGGAGCCCGAGCCGCGCGCUGUGUCUCCGCUGCGUCCGCCGAGGCCCCCGAGUGUCAGGGACAAAAGCCGCCGCUGCGCCGCCUGCUCCCGUCGCCGGGGCUCAUCCGCUGCCGCCGCCACCCUGAGGAGAGUCCGCCGCCGUCGCCACCCGUGAGGAUCCGAGAGCCAUGUCGGCCAGCAGCCUCUUGGAGCAGAGACCAAAAGGUCAAGGAAACAAAGUACAAAAUGGAUCUGUACAUCAAAAGGAUGGAUUAAAUGAUGAUGAUUUUGAACCUUACUUGAGUCCACAGGCAAGGCCCAAUAAUGCAUAUACUGCCAUGUCAGAUUCCUACUUACCCAGUUACUACAGUCCCUCCAUUGGCUUCUCCUAUUCUUUGGGUGAAGCUGCUUGGUCUACUGGGGGUGACACAGCCAUGCCCUAUCUAACUUCUUAUGGACAGCUGAGCAACGGAGAGCCUCACUUCCUACCAGAUGCAAUGUUCGGACAACCAGGAGCCCUGGGUAGCACUCCAUUUCUUGGUCAGCAUGGUUUUAAUUUCUUUCCCAGUGGGAUUGACUUCUCAGCUUGGGGAAAUAACAGUUCUCAGGGACAGUCUACUCAGAGCUCUGGAUAUAGUAGCAAUUAUGCUUAUGCACCUAGCUCCUUAGGUGGAGCCAUGAUUGAUGGACAGUCAGCUUUUGCCAGUGAGACCCUCAAUAAGGCUCCUGGCAUGAAUACUAUAGACCAGGGGAUGGCAGCCCUGAAGUUGGGUAGCACAGAAGUUGCAAGCAAUGUUCCAAAAGUUGUAGGCUCUGCUGUUGGUAGCGGGUCCAUUACUAGUAACAUCGUGGCUUCCAAUAGUUUGCCUCCAGCUACCAUUGCUCCUCCAAAACCAGCGUCUUGGGCUGAUAUUGCUAGCAAGCCUGCAAAACAGCAACCCAAGUUGAAGACCAAGAAUGGCAUUGCAGGGUCAAGUCUUCCACCACCUCCAAUAAAACAUAACAUGGAUAUUGGAACUUGGGAUAACAAGGGUCCUGUGGCAAAAACUCCCUCACAGGCUUUGGUUCAGAACAUAGGUCAGCAGCCAACCCAGGGGUCUCCCCAGCCUGUAGGUCAGCAGGCUAACAGUAGCCCACCAGCGGCUCAGGCAUCAGUAGGGCAACAGACACAGCCAUUGCCCCCACCACCACCACAGCCUGCCCAGCUCUCAGUGCAGCAACAGGCAGCUCAGCCAACCCGCUGGGUAGCACCUCGGAACCGUGGCAGUGGGUUCGGUCAUAAUGGGGUGGAUGGUAAUGGAGUAGGACAGUCUCAGGCUGGAUCUGGAUCUACUCCUUCAGAACCUCACCCAGUGUUGGAGAAGCUGCGGUCCAUUAAUAACUAUAACCCCAAGGAUUUUGACUGGAAUCUGAAACAUGGCCGGGUUUUCAUCAUUAAGAGCUACUCUGAGGACGAUAUCCACCGUUCCAUUAAGUAUAAUAUCUGGUGCAGCACAGAGCAUGGUAACAAGAGACUGGAUGCUGCUUAUCGCUCCAUGAACGGGAAGGGCCCCGUUUACUUACUUUUCAGUGUCAACGGCAGUGGACACUUCUGUGGCGUUGCAGAAAUGAAAUCUGCUGUGGACUACAACACAUGUGCAGGUGUGUGGUCCCAGGACAAGUGGAAGGGUCGUUUUGAUGUCAGGUGGAUUUUUGUGAAGGACGUUCCCAAUAGCCAGUUGCGACACAUUCGCCUAGAGAACAACGAGAAUAAACCAGUGACCAACUCCAGGGACACUCAGGAAGUGCCUCUGGAAAAGGCUAAGCAGGUGUUGAAAAUCAUAGCCAGCUACAAGCACACCACUUCCAUUUUUGAUGACUUCUCACACUAUGAGAAACGCCAAGAGGAAGAAGAAAGUGUUAAAAAGGCUCCGGACGCGCAGGCUCAGUGGCCAUGGCUCAUGGGCCCAGCUGCUCUGCGGCAUGUGGGAUCUUCCCGGACCGGGGCACGAACCCAUGUCCCCUGCAUCAGCAGGCAGACUCUCAAUCACUGCGCCACCAGGAACGUCAAGGUCGUGGGAAAUAAGAGGCAGUUCUGCACAGACUGCAGCAACGGUUGCGUCUGCAUAUCCUAAGAGGAAAAAAAUUGACCUUCAAGAGAAUUAGGACUUUUUUCUUAAUUUCAUUGACUUCAGAGACGAUUGCAGACUUGCAGUUUAAGUAUUGGAAUUUCACAAAAGACAUAGGACUUAACUGGAAAAUGAAAAAAAAAAGAAAAAGAAAAAACUAAACAAAAAAUCCCUCUAGGUAGUUUAGGUGAAAAAUGUCCCUUUUAUUUUGGCUUUGGUUGUGAUUUCAGAGCAUAAUGCUUUGUUUUUUUGUCUUUUUACUAUGUUUUUCGGAUUUUAAAGUCCGUAAGUGCAUACAGUUUUCUCUAAUUUUUAAACCCUUUCCUCCCCCCAUUUUGACAUUUGCACUUGGAGAACACUUGAGUUUUGAAGGUUUUGGGCAUCCACCCCAGAAAGUGGGAAUUUGUUUUUUCCCUUCUGAACUGGAAGAACAUUUUUAUGAAGAAUUUUUGUCUUGGAGAAUUUAACAGUGUUACCCAAGGUUGUGUCUUUAAGGGUGGUUCAUUUUCUCUGACCCUUUGUUAUUCAAAGUAAAAUACUAGGAGUCCUAAGAAAUGUUCUGUUCUUGUACAUUAUACUGAUUAAGUCAGGAUUAAUUUGAUUUCAAAGCUAAGAACAGUGGUAAAAACUUGUUUACAGAAAUGCAUUUUGGAAGAGAAAAAUAUUGUAAAACGUGUAGUGAAUGUUUCUUCAGUUUCUUGUUCAGCCAAUGAGGAAAGGGCAUUGCCUUUCUUUUUACCAUUAAUCACUUCUCAAUAAACGUGAGAUCCUGUUGAGCAUCA